UAGUUCGGUUUAUUCACGUGAGCGAUAAUUGCCAAUUGUGCUGAUAAUUGUCAGACGGCAAAUCUCACAAUUCGGCGUUUAACGUUGUACAAUGCUGAUUUCUCGAGAUUCGUUUAUUCGCUCAUCCUCUAACCCGCGGUGACCGACAAUCAAGAAAGAUAGCGAGCCGUCUGCGGCGAAGAUGAGUGUCUCUCCUUAUCAGCGUCAGUGCUCACGAAGAAAAAAAGAAUUAAACGACAAGCUGAUCCAUUAACAGUGUCGAUUUGAGGCUCUGGCAGUGAUAAAACCCUUCCAAUAGCUUCAGUCGCGUGGUCGAGCCCGCUACCAUCGUGCGCGGAGCGCCGACGACGAGCUCGCGGUUGCCGUCCAGAGGAGAGAAGAUAAAAACCGCCACCGCGCGCCGCCUCCGCCCUCCGCCACUACCAUCAAACGGAGAGCCCGCCAGUCCAUGCGAUGUGUCAUUGAAUUUUGAAUCACUGUUGACAGUGUCGGUGGAACGGUGAAACGUGCUCCACGCUCUCGUUUCUCGUCUCGUUCGCGACAUACGGAAAAAAAAAUGGCACACGAGGAGCAAACGGUCGGAAAAGUCGAGCUGAAGAGAGAGCUGGGGCUCUUCAGCGCGGUCAGCAUCAUUCUGGCGGUGAUGAUAGGUUCUGGCAUUUUCGUGUCACCAACCAGCGCUUUUGAGCGAUCAGGAUCUGUGGGAUUUUGCUUGAUCGUUUGGAUCAGCUGCGGCGUGCUGUCCCUGCUGGGUGCGUUGGCCUUCGCCGAGUUGAGUACCGUGGUACCACGUUCCGGUGCCGAAUAUGCGUACUUCAUUGAAGCCUUCGGGCCAUUACACCAUUAUGCCGGUCAGAUACCGGCGUUCACCUGUUCCUGGAUCUACGUGAUGCUGCUACGGCCAGCGGAAGUGGCAGUAAUCAUAUUGACUUUCGCGGAGUACAGCGUGCAACCGUUUUCCGGAUACCUUUGCAAUCUACCCAGCGAUUCCAUGAUGACACUGAAGAAGCUCAUAGCGAUCGUAGCGUUGGGUUUGAUAACGUACAUCAAUCUCGUCAGCGUCAAGCUCUACGUAAAAGUACAGAACGUGUUCACCGUGUGCAAAGUGGUCGCCUGUAUGGUGGUGAUCGGCGGUGGGAUAUGGUGGCUAGGCUCAGGUCAGGUGGAACUCCUUAAUAAUCCUUUUCGUGGCACCACCACGUCAGCCGGCAAUAUUGCCCUGGCCUUCUACAGCGGUCUCUGGGCAUACGACGGAUGGACCUCGGCCGCGAUCGUUACCGAAGAGAUCCAGAAACCUGAAGUCAAUAUCUUACGGAGCACCCUCAUCGCGGUACCCACCAUCACCGUUCUAUAUGUAUCCAUGAACCUGAUGUACAUGGCAGCGCUGACGAUGUCGGAGAUGAAGAGCGCACCGGCGGUGGCGGUUCUUUGGGCGGACCGAGUCCUGCCGUCUUGGAUGGGCUUCACGAUACCGCUCGGUGUAGCGUUGUCGACCUUCGGAUGCGCCCUUAGCGUUCAAUUCAGCGUGUCCAGACUGUGCUUCGUCGCUGGCAGGGAGGGCCAUGUACCACGAGUCUUCAGUUAUGUGCACAUGGAGAAGAUGACACCGGCCGCGGCGGUAGUUUUUCAGGGCAUACUCUCGCUAGCGUGCCUCCUGCUAGGCGACAUAAUCGCCCUGAUCGAGUUCGCCAGUUUCCUCAUGUGGGUGUUCUACGGACUAGCGAUGAUAUCGCUGAUAAUUAUGCGACGGACCAAACCGGACGCUCCUAGACCGUACACCGUACCUAUCGUGAUACCUUGGAUGGUGUUGAUCAUUUCCAUCUUCCUCUCGGUGCUCCCGAUAGUUUACGAACCAUCGUUAAAAUAUCUUUUCGCACUUGCAUUUAUCUUGUGCGGUAUUGUCGUUUACCAUGUAUUUGUGUACAAGAAGAUAAGGAAUACUUUAUCAGCUAAACUGACAUACUUCAUGCAAGCGUUAUGUCUAAUUGUCGCUCCAGAUGAAAAGGAAGACUGACCGAAAAUUUUGAGUUUAUUAUUAUGUGUAUAUAUAUGUAUAAUACUACGUUUACGCGAGCGUUACCUCUGUAUAGUAACUUAUGA